UAGGAAUCUGUAAAAUUAUAACAGUGAAAAAUUGUACAGUAAAAGAAACACAUGUUACUCACAUCGCUCUUGCUGUUGACUUUUUUUUAUAUUAAUUUAAGCAGAGUAAAAUUAACAAACAGCUGAUUUUUUUGUAAAAUGUCAAAUUCUCUUGUUCGCGCGAGUUUGGAGAUUAUAAAUAUUGGUGAUAAUGUUAAACUAGAUAAAAAAAAGAAGAAAAAGACGAACGAUAUACUAGGUUUGAUUCCUGCUAACCACAGAGUUAACAAAAAAAAUAAAAAAGAUUCAUCUGUCUUUACGCACAACCGCAAAGUAACAAUCAACGAGGCAAGAAAAAAACUAGCUGACAAAAAAGACCUGACUGAAGAAAACAUUGAAAAAUUAUUACAUCUCAGUAGUUUUUCCGUCAAUACAGAAGUGAUAACCAAGUUGAUCGAACGCGCAGUGUCAAAACGCGCUGUAGUAGAAAAAGAAAAACCCAAAGAAGAAGAAGCUACAGCGUUCACCGAGGAAGAUUUCGCUAAAUUCGAAGAAGAGUUUAUGCUAUAAAUGUCAUGUUGAGCAGCGACAGUGAAAGAGGAAAGUUUAUACUCAUCACAACAUCAAUAUUAUUCCUUUAUUACACUGUGUGGGUCCUAGGGUUACCAUUUAUCGACGACAGCCGAUUGCAGUCACUCUUUUAUUCCCACGA